AUGACCAAAAAUCAUCUCAUAAGAAUCAAAAAGGACAAGUGUCGAUGCCCUUGUAAACAAUGCUUGAAUGGAAACGACCCAGUUUCGUUAGAUUUGGUCAAGAAUCAUUUGCUUAAAUAUGGAAUGGCAAUUAGUUAUAGAUAUACAAUAUGGUCUGAUCAUGGAGAAGAAGACAACCCUGCACAAGAUCAGUCAGCAUCAAGUUCUGUCAAUGUCCAUAAUGAUGAAACAACUUUUAUUGGGAAUGCAAAUGAGGCUAUACUUGAGAUGUUACGUGAAAAUGUUGAAUCCUUAAAUUCUGGUGGGAAGUAUGGAGGGGAGAAAACUAGUGAAGCUGAUUUAGCCAUAUUUUCCGCAUUAUUAGAUGAAGCUAAGCAAGAGCUAUAUCCUGGUUGUAAGGACUUUACGUCGUUAACAUUCUUGGUAAGGUUAAUGCAUAUCAAAGUUCUUAACCUCCUGAGUAAUAAAAGUUUCGAGAUGCAUCUGGAGUUACUUAAAAAAGCUUUUCCAAAGAACAACAACAUUCCCAGUUCAUAUUAUGAAGCUAAAAGAAUGUUGAAGGGUUUAGGAUUGGGUUAUGAGUCAAUUCAUGCUUGUAAAAACGAUUGUGCUUUAUUCUGGAAGGAGUAUGAAAAGGAAGACAAAUGUCCGGUAUGCAGUGAAUCUAGAUACAAGUUUAAUGACGGUAAAGCAGAACCUCGUAAUGUGAGGUUGGGUCUUGCUACUGAUGGGUUUAAUCCCUUUGGAAAUAUGAGCAAUGCGUAUAGCUUGUGGCCAGUGGUGCUGAUGCCGUACAACCUCCCUCCUUUUAAGUGCAUGAAGCAACCUUUUUUCAUGAUGUCGUUACUUAUUCCUGGACCGCAAGCACCUGACAAUGACAUUGAUGUGUAUUUGCGCCCUUUAAUCGAUGAGUUAAAAGAGCUGUGGGAUGUCGGUGUGGAAAAUCGUGAUGUCUCGACAGGAAAAGUUUUUUGUAUGCGUGCAGCUGUGUUAUGGAUCAUAAAUGACUUCUCGGCAUACGCUAAUUUAUCUGGUUGGAGUACAAAAGGGUAUCUCGCCUGUCCCGUGUGUAAUGAUGAUCCGCCUUCACGGAAACUGAGAAGCAAGAUAGGUUAUUUGUGUCACCGACGGUUCUUGAAUCCUGGGCAUACUUGGCGAGAUAGCAGACUUCAUGAUGGACAUAAAGAAAAACGGGAUCUACAGGAAGAGAAAAUAGGGGAGAAACUGUUGCAGCAAAUGCAGAAUCUUGGGAUCAAUCGUUUCGGAAAACAUCCGAGUUACUCAACUAAGAAAAGAAAGCGUUCCAAGGAAGACUUGAGCUGGACGAAGAAGAGUAUCUUCUACGAGCUUCCAUAUUGGAAACAUCUCAAAAUCAGACAUAAGAUUGAUGUUAUGCAUGUGGAGAAGAAUAUAUGUGAUAACAUUGUCGGAACGAUAUUAGGUAUUGAUGGGAAAAACAAGGAUACAGAGAAAGCUCGGUUAGAUUUGGAAGAUAUGAACAUUAUGAAAGAAUUGCAUCUACGGCCUAAGGGAGAUAAAUUCGAAAACCCCCCAGCAUGUUAUACAUUAAAACCAGAACAAAGAAGAGAUUUUUGUAAGUUUUUGAAGUCGGUGAAGUUCCCAGAUGGUUAUGCGGCUAACAUAUCGAGAUGUGUAUACUGCCAUAAUUGA